CAAAACCAGACCGCUGACAGAAAACAGUAGUUUAGUUACUAAUGUAAACAGCAGCUGAACGAAAACAUUUGCUACUGUAAAGCUAUUGGACCGCGGCCAAUAAGAGGCAGCGAAGCGUGCCAGGAAAAAGAAAGAAGCAAAGCGAAGACGGAAGUAGUGAGAAGUGAAACCUCUCUCCUCGACGGGACACUUUGUGGAAGUCACUCCGAAGAGUUGUCAAGCACUGCGCACUUGCUUCCUGUUGUUGCUGCGCUAUUUCCAGCGUCGAAGUACAGCUAUGUGAUAGCUUUACAUGUUUAGACGGGACAGACGCAUCGAAGGGGAACUACCAAAGCGGGACAGGAGGUGAACAGUCCGAGCACAGCGGCUCUUGACGUUUCCCAGCCUGCAUGAGUCCGUGGGCACAAUGUCGCUGAGUUCAGGCGGUUGGACUCAAGCCCCUGGUACACCGGACCCGUCCGCCGCUCUACCCGGUUAUGGGGUCUCGCCGUCGCAACUUGGCUGCCACACCGUCCUGAUGUCGGUUCGGGUGUCGGUUUGCCAUUCCGGUAUUCGGCCGCUGUGUCUUCCGGGGGCAGGUGAUGAGUCACUCCGCCUGCAGCUCAGCAUGGACCCGGGGAAAUCUGGGGAAUUCCGCCUGUCGCUGCAGGACAGUAACGGGACUGGGCGCAGCGUGACUAUCGCUGAGUUCGACUUGCGGAAGGUAAACUAUGAGGUGAAGUCACCCAAGUGCCAUGAGCUGAGCUUGGCUGCGCCUCCACAUGACCGUAUCAGCUUCAACUUUCGCUGCGAGCAGGAGGCGCAGGAGUGGGCCACUGUGGUGAUGUCAUCACUGAGAGAAGCACACAGGGUGGCAGACUCUACUGAUGCUGAUGACCUACAGCGCCACCUAGGGGCUCUGCAAUUGCAAAACUCUUCAACCUUGCAGCAAACAGAGGAGGCGUGUGCUGAGCUGACCCGAGCCAUAGAGGCAGGCGACAUGCAGGCUGCUUCUGUCUUUGCUGCUACUCUUGCCCACCAGCAUGCCACGCUCAAGAUCCAGCCCUCUGUCAGGAGCUAUGACGACACUGAAAUCAACUUAACAGUUGUAGUUGAAGACUCCUCCUCUUCCUGUUGUGUCACUGUGAAAGUGUUCCCACAUAUGACUACUACAGCACUGAAACAGCAGGUGUUCCUUGAGUAUGGAUUUCACCCACUGGUGCAACGCUGGGUGAUCGGCCAGUGCUUGUGCGCUGACCAGCGCUCUCUGGCCUCUUAUGGCGUUCGACAGGACGGCGACACAGCCUUCUUGUACCUCCUGUCGGCCCGCCAUGCCCGCCUGACACCCCAGCUCCUCCAGCAGGACCAGGAGAGCGCACUACUCCUCAACUCCUCAUCCACCUCCCUCCCCACACCUCCUGUCCCCACUCCUUCUGUUAAUGGCCCCUCAUCUCAGGACUGGAGGCCUUACACCACCCUGCCACCUAGAACCAGCACCAGCAGCAACAUUGGUCCAAACUCUUCAAGUGGGUCAGAGAGGGGAAAUGUCAGCGAGCUCAGGGACCUCAUAAACCUCGAGAUGCCUCAACUCAAUGAAGCACUUAGCCCCAACAGAACUUCCAUCCAGGGUUGGUCGUGCCCCUCCUGCACUUACAUCAACAAGCCGACACGGCCGGGAUGUGAAAUCUGCAGCACCGACCGUCCUGAGGGCUACAUCGUCCCGGGGGGGUACAGACCUGACGCACUGGAACUCAGACGAAUUCAGCAGGAGAAGGAGGCGGUCCGACAAUACCAGCAGGCGAGGGAGGAGGAGCGCAGGGAGAAUUUUGCCCGGCUGGUGAUGCUGGACGGCCAGGACCUGGUGCCCAACCCAGAGGCGGUGGACUGUAGGAUCUGCUACCUGGACCUACAGCCUGGGGAGGGGGUCCUGCUGAGGGAGUGUCUCCACUGCUUCUGCAGAGAGUGCCUACGUUCAGUGAUCAUGCUGUGUGAGGAGCCAGAGGUGGCCUGUCCCUACAGAGAUGACACAUAUGCCUGUGCCUGCAACCUGCAGGAGAGGGAGAUAAGAGCUUUGGUGUCAGCGGAGGACUAUGAGCGCUGGCUGCAGAGAGGCCUGUCUGUGGCAGAGUCUCGUUGUGAGGGCAGCUACCACUGUGCCACCCCAGACUGCCAUGGCUGGUGUGUGUACGAGGAUACUGUCAAUGUCUUCCAUUGCCCUGUCUGCAGCAAACACAACUGCCUGCUUUGCAAGGCAAUUCAUGAGGGAAUGAAUUGUAAGCAGUACCAGGACGAUCUUUCAGCUCGUGCUAUAAAUGACUCUGCCGCCAGGAGGACAAGGGAUCUACUCAAGACUUUGGUGCGGUCAGGGGAGGCAAUGCACUGUCCUCAGUGUGGCAUCAUCGUGCAGAAGAAGGAAGGAUGUGAUUGGCUACGCUGCACUGUAUGUCACACUGAGAUCUGCUGGGUGACCAGAGGGCCUCGCUGGGGACCAGGGGGUCCUGGAGACACCAGUGGGGGAUGCCGCUGCAAUGUCAACAAGCAGAAAUGCCACCCCAAAUGCCAAAACUGCCACUGAGAAACCCAAGACUGGACAUGUUGGAGGAGGGAACGAGUGACUAAACUGAAGCACAGAAAGGUGUUUGUAAGCCAAAGCUGACAAUGCAGGACCAUCAUUUACAAUGAAAGUUCAUGCAUCCCUGUGGAAUAAGCCGCCAUGACUGUAUGUAUUUUCUGCGUGUAACUUUGUGUCCAUAGUUGCUGAGAAAGUAAUCUGUUUCCUGAGAUUAUAUGGUGAUACUUAGCUCUGCCUCUCACUAAGAAAGAAAUAUGGGCUAUGUGACAUUAAAAAUUCGCUGCUUAGUAUCAUCAAAUGCCACAUGUCUCCAGUGAUGAUGGAGUGCCCUCAGAAUGUGUAAAGAGCUAUGCAGGUGAUGUAUUAACUUUGAUUGCUUGCUGUGCCUUUUUAAAGUGAUUGCACUGCAAAUUUAGCAACACAGGUGUGUUGCAUUUUUGUGUUUUGCUAUUUACGAGGAAGCAUUAAACUGAAGUGGCCUUUUUGUUUUCAAACGCUAGAGCGUGUUUCAAUGGAAAGUUCAAGUUUUGUUCUUCAUGCAUUUUCUUGCAUAGAUAUCGAUCAAACGUAACUGUUACAUUUCAUAAUUGUGCAUGUAUUGGAGUGUGUGUGUGUGUAGGUGAGAGACUGUAACUGAAUAUGUGCCUUUGUCACCAGAAAGGUGUGAAUGGAGCACACUGAUUGUAAACCUGAACUGACCUGAGUCUCCUCUGUUGCUAAACCACCUGACUUCAAGUGUAAACUUGUUCUAUUUAUCAUUAAUAAGCUUUGUAGUUGACAAGCAAUAUUGUCCUUAUAUAGGGCUGUAGAGGUCACUGUGGCUGUAGCUGUACUGUACUGCUGACCAGAGUAUUGUAUGAAAAUGCUAUCAGUACAAGUCAAAGAGUGUUUUAAUUAAUAGUCUGAUAUUAAUUGUAAUACUCGAGGACUUUAAGAGUUGAGGCAUGCAAACGCAUUUUGUUGAUCCCAAUUAUAAGCAACCCAAAUGUGAUUGAGGAUAUACAAAUAUUAGCCAGGAUGUUAAACAGCUCCUCCUGUGUUUAUGGCCAGUGAAAGUUCUGUCUCUAUCUUGUAAUUCAUGUGUGCAUGAAUUUGUAAUCUGGAAAUGAUGAUCCAUACAAACAGCCUGUCCUGACUAUGACUUUAACCAGGAUAUGAGCCAGUAUCCCCACCAGAUAUGCUCUGUGUGGCCCAGAAGGAAACAGUCCUUGUAACAGAGUACGCCCUCAACUACACUACUGCCCUCUUCUAAGAAGCCAUGAAUAACUCUUGUUUACUGUUUGUUGUGCCUCAAAGAUGGAUGCACCAUUGUGCCUUAAUUACCAAUAAAUGCCCUUUA